AUGUUAACACCCGAAAACGCGACAAAUAUCUAUUUUCCACAUGUUUUAUCAGCUUCAUUUAUCUCAAGAUUAAUCGUAACAUUUAUUAAGCAUCUUUUAUUUAUGAGAGGCCAAAUUCCAUGUCCUUUUGACCAGAUCGAAAAAUUAUUACAAGGAACUGAUGAUCAAGGAAAUGGACAACGUCAAAACGCAAAGACAAAGAAAAUAAAGGAGUUGAUCACGAACUUUCAAAUUUUAUCCGAAAUGGUUAUGACUACACUUCAACAUAUCUUUACAUAUCAUAAUUACUUUGAUUCCUUGCAUUUAAUCAUCUUGUUUGGAAAUACACCAAUGAGUCCAAAAGAAAUUUACUUUUUAGAAUUUCUUAACGUGUGUGCAGAUUCAAUGUUAGAGCUAGAUACACCACAACACGAAGAUUUCAGUGAAAGAAAACUGCUCAGAUCUUUGUUGGGGAAUUUAAAUGAACAAGAACCUUUACAUAUUACUCGAUUACAUUUGCUUAUUAAAACAUCCAGAAAAAAUUCUCCACCAGAAUUAAUUCCUAAACAACUUUUAAAACUUAAAUUUGCUAAAACCAAUACAUUAUUUCUGGUUUGUGAAGGAUUGGUAAAGAAUUCAUUUAAUCAAUAUGACGAGCAUGAUAUGGAUGAGAUUUGUGGAUUACAAUAUAGUUUAAAAGAUGUCUAUUCACUUUUAAGAAUGAUGAUUGGUAAAUUGGAAAGGUCCUAG